UCAUAUUCUGGCUUCAUUAAUUGAGAGACAUGAGUCCUCCUCUCCAGCAGGUGUCGCUUCAGCUCCGUGUUGCAGACAGAAGAGUAGCAGGCUGACGUUUCUUUGGGGAAACAGCGCCCCCGUGCUGUCAGACUGCAUAUGUGCGACGUGAGCGCGUGACCGCGGCGCGUGCCUGAUGAUGAGCAGCUGACCUUUUUCCUGCCGUCGCCUCCCUGUCCUCUUUCCUCUGCAGGUGUGCGCAGUUUUAACAUGACCGCAGAGUUUCUGCGCAACAUCUGCGACUCCACGUGUCGCGCGCCUCCAUCCAGCCGCUGAUCGGAACCGGAUCCAUCCGAACAUGGCCGUGGUCGGUCCAGGAUCCGUUUCGCUUCGGUUCGGCUCGGUCCUCCUGAUUCUCCUGAUCCUCAGCGGCUCUUCCUGGACCAGAGAUAUCUUCACAGGGCGCAACGACACCAGGCCAGAACCGAACCGGGAGCAUCACGACCAGGACCAGGAUCAUGGAACCAACGCCACGAAACACAAGAAGGCUUUCCCCGUCCUCGAGUCGAACUACGAUUAUGUCCGGAUGCCGUUUGAGAUUUCCCUGUGGAUCCUGCUGGCGCUGCUCAUGAAGCUGGGUUUCCACAUCAUUCCCAGAGUUUCCCACAUCGUUCCGGAGAGCUGCCUGCUGAUCUUCGUCGGUCUGCUCGUUGGCGGCGUCAUCAAAGCGAUCCACGAGAAGGCGCCGGUCAUGGACACCAAGCUCUUCUUCCUCUACCUGCUGCCGCCCAUCAUCCUCGACGCCGGCUACUUCCUGCCCAUCCGGGCCUUCACCGAGAACAUGGGCACCAUCCUGGUCUUCGCGGUGGUGGGGACGCUGUGGAACGCCUUCUUCGUCGGCGGGAUGAUGUUCGCCGUGUGCCAGAUUGAGGCCGCCGCAGCCGCCCAUGUUAGCCUGCUGUCCUGCCUGCUGUUCGGAUCCAUCAUCUCGGCCGUGGACCCGGUGGCGGUUCUGGCCGUGUUCGAGGAAAUCCACAUCAACGAGCUGCUGCACAUCCUGGUGUUUGGAGAGUCGCUGCUUAACGAUGCGGUGACAGUGGUUUUGUAUCACCUGUUUGAGGAGUUUUCCCACGCAGAAACUGUUACCGUUGGCGACGCCUUCCUCGGCGUGGUCUCUUUCUUCGUGGUUUCGCUCGGCGGCAUCCUGGCAGGUGUCAUCUACGGCGUCCUGGGUGCCUUCACGUCACGCUUCACCUCGCACUCCCGCGUCAUCGAGCCGCUGUUCGUCUUCCUCUACAGCUACAUGGCCUACCUCUCCGCAGAGGUCUUUCAUCUGUCCGGGAUCAUGUCUUUGAUUGCCUGUGGCGUCGUCAUGCGGCCGUAUGUGGAGGCCAACAUCUCCCACAAGUCCUACACCACCAUCAAAUACUUCCUGAAGAUGUGGAGCAGCGUGAGCGAGACGCUAAUCUUCAUCUUCCUCGGGGUUUCCACAGUGGAAGGCCCUCACAACUGGAACUGGAUCUUUGUGAUCUUCACCCUCGUCUUCUGCCUCCUUUCCAGAGUGUUGGGAGUCAUUGGCCUCACCUUCAUUAUAAAUAAAUUUCGUAUUGUGAAGCUGACCAAAAAGGACCAGUUCAUCGUGGCCUACGGUGGCCUGCGAGGUGCAAUCGCCUUCUCUCUGGGAUACCUUAUACAUGAGGAUGGGGACAACAAAAACACCAGGGGCAUGUUCCUCACCGCCAUCAUCACAGUCAUCUUCUUCACCGUCUUUGUGCAGGGGAUGACCAUCCGGCCUCUGGUGGAGCUGCUGGCAGUGAAGAAGAAGAAGGAGAGCAAACCGUCAAUAAACGAGGAGAUUCACACUCAGUUCCUGGACCACCUGCUUACAGGAAUCGAAGACAUCUGUGGACAUUAUGGACAUCACCACUGGAAGGACAAGCUGAAUCGCUUCAAUAAGACGUACGUGAAGAAGUGGCUGAUCGCAGGCGAUCGCUCCAGCGAGCCGCAGCUCAUCUCCUUCUACAACAAAAUGGAGAUGAAGCAGGCCAUGAUGCUGGUGGAGAGCGGGAGCGCCGCCAAGCUGCCCUCCGUCAUGGCCGCCGCCCAAAACAUGGAGCAGCAGAGAGAACCGACACCAGAGCGAAUGAUCCCCAAGAUCUCAAAGACCCGCGAAGCCGAGAUCCGCCGGAUCCUUCGGGCCAACCUGCAGAACACGCGGCAGAGGCUGCGCUCCUACAGCAGACACGACCUCUUCAUGGACCCGUUUGAGGACAACCUGAGCGAGGUCCGCUUCCGGCGGCAGCGGGUCGAGAUGGAGCGGCGGAUGAGCCACUACCUCACCGUUCCGGCGAAGCGACAGGAAACGCCGUCGGUCCGGAAGGUUUGGUUCGAACCAGAGCACAAAGUCUACACCUACGAUGAGAACGAGAGCCCCAGGCCGUCCGACAGCGCCGCCCUGCUGGACGAGUCGAAUCGGAGCGCAGACGGCCAAUCAGAGAGGCAGAAACCGACCCGCUGCCUGAGCGAUCCUGGUCCCAAUGAGGAUGAGGAAGGAAGCAGCUUCCGCUCGUCAUGAUGAAGGUUUCCUCUCUGGACUGAUUGUUUUUGAUGGGUGACAUGAGGUGACGCAUUUCAGUGUUUUCAGCACCAAACGGACUCUUCAGGGUAUUAUGAAGCACAAAGGAAAGAUUAUCAAUGAAGCAAGUUGAUCGAUCAGUUUUACAGCUGAAUGAGUCAUCAGUCAGUUAGUUUUAAAAAGACAAUUAAUAAAAGAGCAAAAAGGAAACACCUGGAGGGAAAAUGGAAAGAAAGAAGGGAGGGAUGGAUGAAGCCAUCUUGGACGAAUUUACUGCAUAUAAUCCAUAAAUAUCCAGCCUAAGAAGAAAUCCCUGAGCUGGAUGCAGUUUGGUCAUCAGAGAUGAAGCAUCUAGAAUGACCACAGGGGGGCGCUUCAAUCACUCCAGAUCAUACAGCCCGUUUAGGACUGACUCUAAACUCCAACCGACUGUCGGAUGCUUUGGUGACUUCAGGUUCUGUUUGUAAAGUUACACUGUCAGUUGUUUGGAUUAUUUAGCCUGUCAUGAAAAAAACGGGGAUAUAUUUUUUAAAUUUUCACCAAGUUAUUCAUUUAUAAAUUUCAACGUUUAGCGAGCUAAUUAGUAAGGGUUAGUUAGUAAAUAUUUAAUUAGGAGCUAAAUAUUUAACUCCAAGCUGAUAGUCUGGCUCCCAACUAAAUAUCUAAGUUGCUAACUUGUUUGAAUCUAUUAUUUGUAAAUGAAUGAAUGACAUGGUGAAAAUAAGUCUUUGAAAAAUGAACCCCCAUUUUUUUCUGAUAUGGUUAAAUAACUCAGAAUAUUGCUGUUAAUUUUUGACAGAGCAGUUUUUCAAACUGCACUGCAGACGUCACGACCUGACGGUGAGAUUACAUCACUUCCGCCCCCUAGUGGCUGGAUGUGGACCAAACUGCUUCCUGCUCCUCCUGGGUAGCAAACUGUUUAUUUCACUGUAAAUCAGUUGCAUUUCAAAGCUUGAACUAUGUGUAUCUGUCUAUCUUUUCUGCUGAUUUUGUGCAUAAAAUCAGCAUAAAUUAAGUUGACCACAUCACCGCAGACACCAAAGGCUGCUGUGCCGAUUCUUUAGUGAUCAUGUUCGACUAAUUAUGUGUUUUACAGCAAGCUUGUGCCUUAUUCAGUUGCAUUUUAUUUAUCUUAAUAUCCUGGGAUAAACUGAACAAAAACUUCAACAUAUUUUUCCAUGUAAUUAAAAGCUAAAUAUUGUAAAGGUGACCAAACGUCUGAACGACCUUUAAUCACCUCCUGACUCAUCGUGUUGCCUCAGGGACUCAAACGUAGCUUGUCGGAUCCCGGCUGCUGAAGGAAAACUCCGGUUUGGAGUUUCAAACAGGAUGUGAUGUUUCAUCAACUUCCUCUUAACUGAGCUUUAAAGCGUUUAAUGUCUGCCUGCAUUUCCUGAGUGUUUCAAGCUUUUAUAUUUUGUGUUGCAGACAUUUGUCACAUGAAGAAAAACUCUAAUAAAAUAAGUUUACUGUUGA